CAGUUCCUCCCAAGGUGCAGGUACAGAAAGCUUUGGUUGGAGCUCCUCUUCAUUCAGCAGUCAAGCUCAAGUGUGAUACGGAAGCAUUUCCAAGUUCAAACAACUACUGGAUGAAAUCUGAAGAGACGAUAUUCAGGGGUGAGAAGUACUCCGUACAAGAGAAGAAAUCUGGGUAUAAGACUGUGAUGCUCCUAACCGUCCACAACAUCACGAAAGGUGAUUACGGCACCUACACCUGUAUCGCUCAGAACACUAUGGGGAAAUCGGAAGACUCUGUAAGGUUAUAUGAAAUCAGGUUAACAACGACGAAAAUCAGCAGUCCCACGAAAUCUACUCCUCCGCCUUUCUAUGGUCAUGUGGACAAAAGCUUCAAGAAGUAUGGGAUUGUUUUACACCAAAUUUUUGUCAAAACUUGGUUAACACUAUGCCCCAAAGACUUUCAGCCGUAA